UGAAUUUCUGUGUACUCAUCCAACGCUUCCGUCAUUUAUUAUCUUUUGUUUGAUUUGUGUUUUGUGUUAAAAAAAGUGAUAGUUCGUCAAUAUAAUGAAAUAUAAUAAUAACCAAUCACUUCUAUGUAUAAUUUCGUACUUAACUGUUAUAUCGAAAGCAUAUGACUUUAUGAAAUCACUAAAUGAUAAUUCUAUAUGUGUUAUUAGACCAAUAUUGGACAUUCAGACUUCCAUAAUUCUUAACUUUGUUGACGAUGAUUUAUCUUUUACAAAAUGUUAUCAGUCAGAAGUACUAAGGACUUUAAUAAUAUUUAAUGACGACAAACUAUCCUAUAGCCUUGAUAUGGCUACACGAAAAAAACUGCAAUUACUUUUAUAUAACAAACCGAACAUUAUAAUUUUAACAGAUUCAAUCACAGGGAAAGUUUUUAAUAAUACCAUUUUCGAGAUUACUUUACAGGCUCAUUGGUCUUCCAUGCAUCUAAUUAUAACAAACAAAAAUAUCAAUUGCAGUCAAAUAGAACUCAGUGGAGACAUUAUAUCAAUCGCUGAACGAUUCCUUAACGAUUUGUGGCACAGACAUCUAUUGGUUUAUGCAAUCAUUGAAUUCCCUCUGGGCUGUCCACAAAAGUAUAUUACAUUCGAUGGCAACAAACGACCAAAUGGAAAUUUAUACAACCGAACUAUAACUGUAAUAGAAGAGAAAUAUAUACAUGAAACAUUAAAGAAAAGUAAAAAUGCCUUAACUGAUGGCUUUCCAUUAAAAAUAAAUAUAUUUCGCCGAAUUCCCACAUCCAUAUCGAAUUGUAGCAAAAUAUAUAACUACAUAAAGUUUGACAUUGAUAUAUGUAAUGGACUUUGUGGAAUGGAUGCAUUAAUAAUGCACGAUUUUAUAAAGACAUUUAAAUUUAAUGUAACAUUUAUUGGAAGCAGAUCUAUGAACAAAUAUGGUUAUGUGACUUCAAGGGGAGUUAGUGGUAGUCUGGGUGCCGUAUUACGCCAAGAAAUUGAUGUAUCAUUUAAUUCAAGAUUUAUCUCAGAAUAUACUGACAGUGGUUACGAUUUCCUGGGUUACAUAUCAUCUGAUUCGUUAUGUGCUCUUAUUGGAUUUCCAGACCUUGUGCCUUUAUGGCAAUAUCCCAUAAUAAUGUACAGUUUUAAAAAAUGGAUGUUUCUUUUUUUUGUUCUUAUGGUCCUUGGUCUAUUAAAAUGGCUAUUCACAAGAUAUUUUUAUAGGAUAAUUGGAGAAGAAGUUUAUAGGCCUCAGAUAUAUAUAAUAGAAACUGUAUGGUCAGGGACUUUCGGUUUUUUUCUAAUUAAAAAGUUUCGAAGUUCAUUUGUAAUAGCUUUGUGUCUAUUAUGCUCUCUAGUGCUUUGUGCAAAAUAUCAAAGUCAUAUAAAUUACAUGUUCACAACUUCAAGACGAUAUGAACCCAUAAACACGCUCCAAGAACUUUGUGACUCGAAUAUUCCAGUGUAUACGAGUCCUCAAAUCCUGACACUCCUCGGAUCUGAGACAAUUGAAAAUACAACUAACAAUGUAUUUACAACAAUUCUAAGGCGUAUGAAGUUAUUUACACCCAACUCUAGUUUCGAACUUCGCCCACAAGACAUUGCAAUGGUUCGAAGGCGAAUGGACAUAGCUCUGCUAAUUCUUCUAAACUAUACUGACAAAGAGGGAAGGCCGUUUCUAUAUGUAAUUGAUGAAAAUUUCAGUGAUUUCUACUUAUCUUACAUUGUGAAGUCAGGAUUUCUCUUUACUUCACAAAUGCAAAGUUUUAUGAUGCGGAUGGUAGAGGCAGGAUUGCCUGAUAAAUAUUACAAGUGGACCAGAUACACGAUGCAUUUAGCUGACUUAACACAGAACCCGAGCUCGGAGCCUCGUCUAUAUAAUAAGAUCAGUUUGAAGGAACAACGAAUACCUUUUGCUCUGCUUCUAUGUGGUUAUAUCUUGUCAACUCUCUCGUUUCUAACAGAAAUUUGGUAUAGCAAACAACGCAAAAUGCCGAAUUAGAAUGCUCCAACUGUUGUUUUAUAUACAAGCAUAGCAGAUACAAGCCGAGUAUGGU